GGAAAUUGAAUUAGCAUCGUUUUCUGGCAACGCAAUUUCAACGGGAUAUGCAACGGGUUACAAGUGCGGUUUAAAUUUCCUUUUUUUAAUUUUUAGUGUAAAAUUUUGCUUUCACCGUGCUCUCUCCUUUAGGAUCUGUAUUUGUGCAUCUGGAAUGCAUUAUAAUGUUAAUUUUUCAAUUUUUGUAUCUUUAUUUGGAUCAUUUAUUACAUCCACAUAUGGCUUUUAUGUACCAGGUGUCGCCCCUGUUGAAUUUAAAAAAGGUGAAAGCAUUGAAGUUAAAGCUGUAAAAAUGACUAGUACUUUAACUCAGCUUCCUUAUGAAUAUUAUUCUCUUCCAUUUUGUCGUCCUAAAAAUGGUUCCAUUGUUUAUAAAUCAGAAAAUUUGGGUGAAGUUUUACGAGGUGAUCGAAUUGUCAAUACUCCUUAUGAAGUUCACAUGGCUGUAGAUCAGCCAUGUAGAGUAUUAUGUAAUAAUCCUAAGACUCCUCUUAACUGGUCUGUUGCUGAAUCUAAACUGGUAGCUAAUCGUAUUCAGCAUCAGUACUAUGUUCAUCUAUUGAUUGAUAAUCUGCCCUGUGCUACAAGAUUUGAAAUGUCUGAGAAUCAACCACAGUAUGAGCAUGGAUAUAGAUUAGGCUUUGUGGAAAAGGGAAUUCCGUACAUUAAUAAUCAUUUGAAAAUUAUACUGAAGUAUCAUACACAACCUGGGGAGAAUUACAGAGUUGUUGGAUUUGAAGUUGAGACCCGAAGCAUUGAUCUGUUGAGUUUGGAAUUUUCUGGAAAUACAUGUAGUUAUCCAGAAUUACAUAAAAGGCAGGCUGUCAAUGUUCAAGGGCCUACUAAACUAUUGUUUACUUAUGAAGUGAGUUGGGAAGAAAGUAACAUCCGUUGGGCAUCAAGGUGGGAUAUAUAUCUUGCUAUGACAGAUGUCCAGAUUCAUUGGUUUUCUACAAUUAAUUCAGUGGUUGUGGUCUUUUUCUUGUCAGGUAUUUUGACUAUGAUUAUCAUUAGAACUCUUCGAAGAGAUAUAGCAAGAUAUAAUAAAGAUGAAGAUAUGGAAGAUACUAUAGAAGAAACUGGGUGGAAACUUGUUCAUGGCGAUGUUUUCAGACCACCUAGAUAUCCUAAAUUGUUUGCUGCAGUUAUUGGCAGUGGAAUUCAGAUAUUUCUAAUGACAUUCAUUACAAUUUUUUUUGCAAUGCUUGGAAUGCUCUCUCCUGCUUCUAGAGGAGCUCUUAUGACUGCUGCCAUUUUCUUAUAUGUGUUUAUGGGGUGUGUUUCUGGCUAUUUUUCAGCUAGACUAUAUAAAACCUUAAGGGGAAUGCAAUGGAAAAAAGCUGCACUCUAUACUGCUACUCUUUACCCGGGUGUGGUGUUUGGAACAUGCUUCUUCUUGAAUUUCUUUAUUUGGGGAAAACAGUCAUCUGGAGCAGUUCCUUUUACGACAAUGUUAGCUCUACUAUGUAUGUGGUUUGGUAUUUCUUUGCCAUUAGUGUUCAUUGGUUAUUAUUUUGGGAUUAGAAAACAUCCUUAUGAACAUCCUGUGCGCACAAACCAAAUUCCUCGUCAGGUUCCAGAGCAAGUCUGGUAUAUGAAUCCAGUUCUUUGUACACUCAUGGCCGGAAUACUUCCAUUUGGUGCUAUGUUUAUUGAGCUAUUCUUCAUUUUUACGGCAAUUUGGGAAAAUCAGUUUUACUACUUGUUUGGUUUCCUGUUUCUGGUCUUUAUAAUUCUUGUUAUAUCAUGCUCCCAGAUAUCUAUUGUUAUGGUGUACUUUCAACUCUGUGGGGAGGAUUAUCAUUGGUGGUGGAGGUCUGUAAUAGUGUCUGGCGGAUCUGCUGUAUAUGUUUUUGCAUACUCUGUUUUCUAUUUUCUUACAAAGCUGGAAAUCACAGAGUUCAUUCCUACACUUUUGUAUUUUGGUUACACUGGUUUGAUGGUACUCACAUUUUGGAUUUUGACUGGAACAAUUGGAUUUUAUGCUGCGUAUUUCUUCAUAAGGAAGAUCUAUGGUGCUGUCAAAAUUGAUUGAUGCUUUGGAUACUAUAGCAUCUUUCAAAGUGCACAAACAUGAGCAGAUGAAAUUCAUUUACUGAAGUGAAGCUGUUGUAUAAUAAUUGAUUAAAGCAUUUCAUUUUGUAAAUAAAAUAAUUCAUUUUAGCAAUACUUGAAAAGAAAAUAUUUAUAUUUAUUCAUAGCAUCUGUUUAAUUAAAGACAUUUUAUUUGAUUAUUGA